AUUAUACCCUAAUGUAUUCACCGAUCACCAAAACCAAUACCUAAGGAGAACAUUUUUACUACAAUGGAACAUACGAAGCUUGUGAAGAAUGAAUCGGCAGCAGGCUAUUUCGGGAAUCUCCCCGUCGAGUUAAUUCAAGAUAUUAUGUGCCGUCUUCACUGGAAGAGCCUUAAAAAGAUAAUUCUGUUAUCAUCGACAUUCCUGUCGGUGUUCCAAGGGGCCCAAGAGACCAUCCUCUACCACGUUGCUGCCAACGAAAUGGGCACCGAUGUUUUUGAAGCUGCCCUGGUCCGGUAUGCCUGUACAGUUCCAGCUCUAAGGAACUCUCUAGAUAUCGAAGUGCAGUCUCGGACGCGUUCCAUUGACACCACAAUUUCUUUCAACGGCACCAGCAGGAUCUUCAACACUAGUAGGUUCCGAAUGCCGGCAAAAUCAUUCACGAUAGAAGUCUUCCGCGAUAUUAUGUCUUUCCACGAGAAAUUAGCAAUAAUCAUAGCGGAUUAUGAAGAGUCGCUACUGGAAACCCAUGCGGCGUUCGAUGCUCAUUAUUUGGAUUGGGUGACCGAUCGUACGCCUCGAGAGAAAGACCGUGUGCGCAUAGCUGUAUACACAAUGGAGAUAGCUAGGCUCCUCUACCCAAACGACUACAAGGAAGCCAUUAGGACUUCGUUUGUAGUCAAGUUCGAAGUCUGCUGGGCAGACUGGGUAAUUAUGGAACAUGAACCAAAAAACGACCCUCCUUUUGCAGUCACCUGUCAAAGUCUCAGAGAAUCUCAGGGCUUUUUUGAUCGCUUAACGGACUCCUCAGCAACAUAA